AUGCUAGAUUGGAUAGACUUACAACCAUACACGUUACUUGUACUGACGUUUUUAAUCCUUGCCUUCCAGCAAGUUAUCAAUCAAGUUGGUAAAUCAACCAUACAGGAACUUGUUUGGUCAUUAUACAUGGCAAUUGGAAGUAAAUUGAAUUUAACCAAUUCAUUCAAAGAGUAUUCAACUAAACAAAUCGAAAUAGUGGAUUUGAAUAAACAAAAGAGAUUGAUUAGUGCUCAAGAUCAAUAUGCUAAAUGGACCAAAUUAAACAGACAAGUGGAUAAAUUAACAGCUGAACUUACUCAAUUGAAAGAAACCAUUUCUAAAGAUAAAUCAAGUGUUAAUUCAUUCGUUAGCUUAUCAAUCAUGUUGAUUACUACUGCUCCACUUUGGUUCUUCAGAUUAUGGUUUAGAAAAUCAAUCUUGUUCUAUUUACCUCCUCAAUAUUUACCUUAUGCUUUAGAAUGGGUCUUUUCAAUACCAUUUUUCCCACUUGGAUCAGUUGGUUUAACAGUAUGGACAUUCGCUGUCAAACAAGUUAUCUCAUCUAUUAUCUUCUUAUCGUCAUUCCCAUUCCAAGCUCCAGUUGGUAAACCAGUUAAAAAGGAAAAAGUUGAAGAAGUUAAAUAG